AUGAAUAGAGAACCACCAACUAAUGAUGUUGAAUCCAUAAACAACAAUCAAGUUAACCUUCAAUCUAUGACAGAAACAACAAUUGAUCAAGAUGUAUUAGACUUGGUACACAAGCUAUGUGAAAACACUACUGGUAACAAAGUAUGUUUAGUAUUACAUCACAUCUUCAUCAUCAAUUUUAUUAAUACAUUCUUUAUCGUUGUUGAGAGUUUCUUUAAUCUAUUGUGUAAAUAUCUUGAAGUCAGAGAUGAGUAUGAUAACAAGAAGAUAAAUCAAGACUGUGUAUUAGAUGGUUUAAGCAAUGAAGCAAAGAUUGAAAUAAGAUCAUUACUACUUGAUACUUUCGAAGGUUGUAAAGAUCCCUAUUCAAAUUUAAAAAAUGUGGUAGAGUUGUUAUUAACUAAUCGUUACAAACAAGAAAGUAAAGAUGAAGAGAUAUUUAGAUUUGGUAUUAUUAAAUGGUAUCAUACUAUUUUAAAGUACAAAGAGAAGGAUUGUGGUACAAAAUACAAUAAUUUGAUAUCACCAUCUACUAUUGAAUCUGUAUUGGUUGCAUUGUCAAAGAUUAAACAACCAUCUCGUUCAAUAUUGGUAUUUGAAACAUUGAACAAUAUUUGGAGACAACAUUAUAAAGAUAGAUUAAUAUUGGAAGAUAGAGAGAUUAAAAUGUUUAUAUCAAUCUAUAAACAUUAUCAAUUUAGAGAUAAUGAACAACAAGUAUUACUCAAACAAGAGAUUACAAAUAGUAUUUAUAAUUAUCUUGACCCUAAAUCAGAUCUAUGGACCAACAAAGAGUUUCAAAUAUUUUUCAAACAAACCAUUGGUAUUUUAUUUCAAAAUACAUACAAAGAUGAGUAUUUUAUUCCACAUCAAUUUGAAAAAGAUUAUGAUUUAUACAAGUCUGGUAUAAAACAAUUCUCUUUAAUGGGUCUCGAACAACCAAGUGCAAGAUUUAAAUUUCUUCAUCAUUUACAUUUGGAUGAUAAGAUAAUACUAUUGUCCAUCAUGGAAUACCUCAAGGAAUCUUUCACCAAUGCAUCACCAACUUGGAAAGAAAAAUUAAUUGUACUUAGAGUAUUAAAUUAUAUUGAAUCUUUUACGAGUACAAAUGAUCCAUUAUUAUAUGUAUUAAAAGAUUCCAUUCUAAUUCAACGAAUUUUCUCAUCCGGAACACAAGACAAUGUACUUGUUCAUUACGAGUUGCUUAGAUUUCUAACUAAACUCAAUCGUGAUCCUACUAUUUUCGAAUCAUCAUCAUUUAAAUGUUUGGUGAGUGGAAGAUUAGCACCAUUUAUUUUUGGUUUAUUGGAUACAACGAAAAAUAUUGGAGAAAAAAGCAAUAUUCUCAAAUAUUUUGAUAAAUUGGAAACAGGUACAUAUUUAAAGAUGUUGACGACUAAAUUAUUAUUAAAACCAACUACUUCUUUGGCACAGAGCUUUCAGGUGGUUGAUACCUUUGUCUAUACAUAUCUAUUAAAUUGGAUAUUUAAUGGAUCAAUUGGAAAGAACGCUUGCAUUUAUCUACCAGCAAUCAUGAAAAGAAUAAUAACUCAACCAAUUAACAUAUUCCUUGAACUUGAGCUUGUUCGAUUGUUUUAUCAAUUCCCAGACAAAGUAUACUCAUACAUUCAUCAUUUGAUUCCUAUGGCAAUUGAAUUAGACAACACCCACAAUUGUACAAAUCUGUUAAUGUGUUUAUUUUCAAUACACUCACAAUACAGUAAAACAGAAACAAAUCGACAACAAUUAUUUCAACAAUUACUCGAUUUAUUUACAAUUAAACCUGAUUAUUGGAAAAUAUCACUUGUUAAACGUUUAUUAGAACAUGCUCAACUGGCAAACAUGUCACUUUCAGUUGGACAAAAAUUACAAAUCCUUGAAUGGAUUAAAAAUGGAAUUCAAAUGGUCAACAGCCAGAUCAAGCAACUCAAUCCUCUUCUCUACCAAUCUCCUGCUGAAAUUGGUUUGCUUCAAGAAUACUCUGAUUUAAUUUGUCAAAUUGCUAAUUUUGGUUACGACGUUUGUUACUUUGAAAUUGCACUGUAUCAUGUCGUCCAAAUGUUGGACAAUAUUAAAAACAAUGUAUAUACUUUCAAGUUGGUUUCAAAAAUAUUUAUUUUUGAUUUUAUGCUUAGAAAGAAUUAUUUCUCUAGUCAAACAAAGAUUAUAUGGUCUGGUUAUUUCAACAAUUAUCUCAAAGAUAAUAUAAAAGAACCAAAUGUUUUAAAAUCUUUAUUAUUCUUGGUUCAAAAAUAA